AUGCGGCGGACACUCUUACUGUUAUCUGUCAUUGCAUUUUGCUUCAUCGGCUCAGUAAUUGCAAAUCUGACUCUACCGAGGUUCAGUCUGCGCAAGCGUCUCCCACGUCCACUUGUAAACGUCCUUCACUCACGGCACGGACAAGGCCAGCAGGACGAUACUGAACUAAGAAAUUGGCUUUCCAACCAGCAGCCGGUAAUGGACAAGAUGUUCUCUUCUUCGUCGACGGGAGACGACAGUGGGAAGCCUGUUGUCGCUGAUGUUCUUCCCAAGAACCGUGCCAUCAAUAUAUUUGCUUCUCUCACCCGGCAGUUUGAGCCUAUUGAAUCACGCCUGAACGAUUCGUCCAAAAAUGUUACUGUCCUAGCUCCUCGGAAUAGUGCUAUUCAGAGCUUGCCUCGCAAGCCCUGGGAGAACCCAGAAGACUACGAGAAGUUUGGUGGGGUGAGCGCAUAUGAAGGACAGGAAGGUGAAGAUAGAGCGAAGCAGAAUUUACAACGUUUCGUGGAAGCUCAUAUCAUUCCAACAAGUCCGUGGAGGGAGGGUGAAGAGGUGGAGACGCUUGGAGGAGAGAAACUGAAGUGGACUAAAAAUGGCGAUAAGAUAUAUAUCCAACCGAGUAAUGUUGAGGUGGACAAUAUCGCUGAGACAGUGACAAACGGUGAGCUUUGGAUUUUGAGCGGUGUCAUCAACUACCGUUGA